CUCUCUGGACAUCUUUGUACUUGUGUACCCGUCAUCAGUUCCUUUCUCGCUCUCUCUCUCUCUCGUUGUGUGGAUAUCUUUGUGCUUGGUUUCCUUUAUUGCUUUUCAGGGAAUCGAUUCGGUUCGAAAUCAAGGUGCAAGGAAAUCGUUACCAUGGAUCCCACCCACCAGAGCGACAAGGAGAAUAAGAAAAUGGAUGCAGGCACGCCAAAUUCGAACACAGAAGGGAGGUGGGGCACCUGGGUUAUGGGCGCUCCGGUCCCACCUCAAGACCAUCCAGCCAACCAGAAGGCUGCGACUUGGGUUGCAGGAGAAGCGAUUCCUUCUUCUGAUCCGGCGACUCUUAAUGCUGACUACAUGAAAUACUCUGUUCCUCCAGUUACUAGUGAGAAUGUCGGUGGUGGUAAUGGUGGAAGCAGCAGCAGCAUGCCUCAGCCUCAGCCUGCCAAUCCUUAUGUCCAGACAUCUUCUGUUCCUGGGUCAUCUGGGAAGAGUCCUAUGGAGAUGAUCCUUAAUGUGUUGAGUCGUUGGGGGAAAAAGUUUGAAGGUUGUGCCAAAAAAGCAGAGGGUUUUACUGGAAACGUCUGGCAUCACCUGAAAACCAGUCCUAGUCUAACUGAUGCAGCCAUGGCAAGACUCGCCCAGUGGACAAAGAUUCUUAGAGAAGGGGGGCAUGAGAAGGUUUUUCAGCAGACAUUUCAGUUGUUACCAGAAGAAAAGCUGAUGAAGGCAUAUGCUUGUUAUCUUUCAUCAUCCUCAGGACCUGUCAUUGGGACACUUUAUAUUUCCAACAAAAGAGUGGCCUUUUGCAGUGACAAUCCUCUCUGUCAUUGUCCUACCCCAGGACAGAAAGAGUGGUUAUAUUACAAGGUGUCUCUGCCGCUUGAUCAGUUGGCAGCAGUAAAUCCUUCUUCUAACAAAUUGAACCCUUCCGAGAAGUAUAUCCAGGUCGUCACUGCUGAUGGCCAUGAAUUCUGGUUCAUGGGUUUCGUAUCAUAUGACAAGGCACUCAAGAAUCUGACUGAAGCUUUACAGCACCAAGGUGCUGUUUCCAGUGGAAACCAACAGAACUAGUUAGUUCAUCAACCCUUAUGUUUAUGUGAUGUAAACUUGUAUGUAGAAUGUAUCAAAAUGUAAUAU